AUGGCCGCCUGGCCGGCCUACGUGCUCAAAACCGAGGAAAUAGCAACUACGAAUCCGCAUCCUUUCAUACCUCUAAAUUGGUGCAAGAGGCAGACGAGAGAACCAAAUCAUGGCAAACCCAAAAUCCUCGCCGCUACCCCAGAUCACGUUGCUGAAGCGACGACCAUCUGA